CACGUAAAAUCAAAUAAUUUGUUAAUUUUGACCAAUAGGGUGAUAACAUGUGGACCGUUUAGUCGGAAUAUAGAAGGGGUGGUAAAACCUAUUGAUUAUGUGUUUUGAAGGUGUUUUUUUUUUUUUUUUUUUUUUUUAAUUUCGUAAAAAGAGGUGUAUUUGCGGGGUUUUUUUUUUUUUUUUUUACUUUUUUUUUUCUUUUAAAAUUUCCAUAUUAGUUUCCAUUUUAAAAAGGAAAAGAGAAAGCACAAUGACAUCGCGCCACAUCCCAUACCGGAAACCCAACCCCACCAACAAUAUUAUACUCCAAGAGUAAUACCAAGACUUCCAAUUAGCUCAACUAUACUUGUAUAAUUAAGCUUUAUUAUCCUCUAAAUAAACAGUACAUACUCCAAUUUAAUUUCGAACAGAAAAAUGGAGGAAUCUAAUAAUCUUCCUUCUUCUACUACUACUUCAAAAUUCUGGAAUUUAUUCAAUUGCAUAAAUUCUUUAUCAACAUCAAGAUCGAGAUGGUUUUCUGCAACAACUGCUUCUCUGUUGCUCAUUUUCUUCUUCAUUUCUACUCUCCUUUUUACUCACUAUUCCGAUUAUAUUUAUUUUCCCCAGUCAGCUUCAGCAGGCAACUCAGUGCUAUUCAACUACUCAAUAAUGUUCUCCAAGAACAACAAUCACGAAUACCCAAAGAGAGAUGAGUAUCUCCUCAACUGUACUUCAAGCAACAUGAGCAUAACAUGCCCUGCAAAUUACUCACCUAAUACGUUCAAUAGCAACAAUUUCACAUUGAACCAAACAUGCCCUGAGUACUUUCGAUGGAUACACGAGGACUUGAAGACAUGGAAGAGCCAAGGGAUCACAAGAGAGAUGGUGGAGAGUUUGAAAAAGGAUGCUCAUUUUAGGUUGGUUAUUGUGAAUGGAACAGCAUAUGUUAAGCAAUAUGCAAAGGCUUACCAAACAAGGGACGACUUUACAUUGUGGGGUAUAUUGCAGCUCCUGAAGUUGUACCCUGGGAGACUCCCUGAUCUUGAUUUAAUGUUCCAAUGCCAUGACAAACCAUCUAUCAAGAGGAAAUACUAUAGGGGAUGGAGGGCCGCCUUUGCUUAUCCUCAGCCUCCUCCACAGUUUCACUACUGUGGAGAUGACUCAACUUUCGAUAUUGUCUUCCCUGAUUGGUCAUUUUGGGGCUGGCCAGAAGUCAAUGUAAAGCCAUGGGUGCCUUUGGAGAAGGAUUUACAAGAAGGUAAUGCGAUUAAGAGCUGGACAUCUAGGGAGCCCUAUGCAUUUUGGAAAGGGAACUUACAUAAUGGUCCAAGACCUAAGCUUGGGAAAUGCAAUUCUAUAAAAGACUGGAAUGCUCAGAUCAUUGACCAGGAUUGGAUCAAGGAAUGGAGAGAAGGGUUCAAGGACUCAGAUUUGUCGGAACAAUGUGUUCACAGGUUCAAGAUAUAUAUGGAGGGAAAUGCAUGGUCAGUGAGUGAGAAAUAUAUUCUGGCUUGUAACUCCACAAGCCUUCUUAUAAACCCUAUAUACUAUGAUUUCUUCACAAGAAGCUUAAUUCCAAUGAAGCACUAUUGGCCUGUAAGUGAUAAGCACAUAUGCAAGUCCAUCAAAUUUGCUGUUGAAUGGGGCAACAACAACACUGACAAGGCCCAAGAGAUUGGAAAUGCGGGGAGCAAGUUCAUAUUUGAUCAGAUAAAGAUGGAACAUGUGUAUGAUUACAUGUUUCAUGUGUUAUAUGAAUAUGCAAAGCUGCUUAAGUUUAAACCCACUGUGCCUGAGGGAGCAGUUGAACUUUGCUCAGAGAGAUUUGCCUGCAGCCCAAUGGGGUUGGAAACAACAUAUAAGAUUGAGACCAUGGUAAAUGGGCCUUCAGAACGAGGCCCAUGCCAACUUCCCCCACCUUAUGAUCCACUUACAAUUCAAUCCAUUCGGGAUCAAAAUGCCAAGAUCAAGAAGCAAGUUAAGAUGUGGGAACCAAAUGCUUGGUACGAAUGGUAAGAGGGUGAGGGAGUUGUUCUACCUUAACCAAAGUUCUUGAGUAUGAGCCUAGGAAUACAACAUUGAUUGUUGGGAGAUCUUUUCCUUGUUUGAGGCUCAAUUAGGCUAGUAGCCAGAUUAGUGGAGAUAAAAAUAUGUUCCAAUUCUUGUACGAGUACUUCCCUAGUGUACGUGAUGGUUAGCGGGAAGUACCUUGUCUUUUUACCCCUUGUUAGACCUUAAACA